AGGAGUAAGAAAAUUAGUUUCUCGUUGGAUACCCCCAUGUUGACUGAAGAGCAGAAAGCAGCCAGGGUUAAUUGCAACAAUUCCUCUUAAUGAGCAAAGAACUGUUACUGCGGAUUGGUAUACCACCAUUUGUUUGCCAAAAGUCAUCACCGAGCUUCGAAAAAUCAAUCCCGAAAGAAGAAUCAUCCUCCACCAAGACAAUGCAAGCUCGCACACAGCCUAAAAAACAAGGCAGUAUUUAACGAAAGAAAACGUGGAAUUAUUGGACCAUCCUCCAUAUAGUCCCGAUCUAAGUCCUAACGAUUUCUUUACUUUCCCGAAAAUUAAAAACAGACUGCGUGGUCAAAGGUUCCAGUCACCAGAAGAAGCAGUUGACGCGU